AUGGCAACUCCAAGUUAUAGAAGGGUUUAUAAUAUUUCUAAGCCAUUACAUUUUAGUACUACACUUCAUGGAAGUAACAUUCGUUUGUCAUCGGACAAUAAGCAAGCGAGUCGCAUCAAUUCUGGACACUCAAUAUCAAAUAAUUGUUAUGUUUUGAGCUCUCGUCCAAUUAAUACAUUUGAACACGUUUAUCUUCAACAUCAUUCGUGUGACAGUGAUUUUAUGAGUGCGUUACGUGUUGGUUUUAUAACAGAACAACAAGAUCCACAGAAAGGAGGUUGGAUACUUGCGCUACGUGAUCAUAUAUUGAAUGAAAAUGAAAUUGUUGCGAUUUAUUAUACACAUGACCAUUCUGUUAUUGUAAAAGGUUUAACAGAUAAGACGGAGACCAUUUUAUUAACAAUGAAUAACGAUUCUAAUAUAACAGAACGGGCAAAUGCUGUAAAUAUUCAAGGUCCCUUUUAUCUGAAAUUAGAAUUAGUAGGUCGUAGUGAUGCUGUGAAAAUUGUUAAUGAUGAAUUGCAGUUGAGUGGCAAUGAUUCAGUUAUACCUGUCGAUCAUUCACCGUCAGAUAAUGUUCAAAAUCUUAUUCAGAAUAAUAAUAGUGGUUGUUGUUUGAAUUAUUAUAAUUAUUUAACGAACAAUAGCAAUAAUGUUGUAUUUCAUAAUACUAUUCAUCAAAAUAUUGUUUUAUUAGAUAGAAUGGCUAUUUGUUGUGUUGAUAAUCUCUUAAAAAAUUCCGCAUAUGCAUUUUUGAACACACAAAUCACUCGAGGCGACGCUCUUAUUUUCAAAAUUAUGAAUAGAGAGUAUUCUUCAAAAUCUUCUUUUAUAUUUGGUUUGACAACUGUAAAUCCGACGACAAUGAAACCACGAUCAUUUCCAGAAGAUAUCAAUGCAUUUCAGCAAGUUUAUCCUCAAGGAGAAUGGUUGUAUUCAAUAUUUGAUCAAAGUUUUUCAUUUGAAUUAUAUGACGAAAUUGCAUUAUAUCUUAACUUAGAAAAUCGAUUAUGCAUAUCAAAGAACAAUUGUUUGCCAAUGCAAUUAGUAUUUGAUACAGCAUCCCCAAAACAAAAUGUAUCAUACUGGCCAUUUUUUAAUCUUAACGGUCAAAUUACGGCGUUAAAAAUCAUCUGUAAAACAUCAGUACAAAAUUUAAAAUUAGCUAAAACACCUGUAGCAUCAAAAAACACUGAACUAGUAUUAUGUCCAUUUUGUUGUGAACGUUUAUGUGAUGCCGUGUUGGAACCGUGCGGAUGUUCAGAAAUUUGUUUUGAAUGCGCGACAAUAAUCAAAAAGUCAUCUAGAACAGCUGCUGACUGUCCAUAUGACCGUUUACCGAUUUGUAAUAUUAGAAAAAAAUCUUAG